UAAGGGUGGAUUCUGUAGUGUGCGUGUUGUGUGUGCGUGUUUACACGCUUUGCAUGCUUAUGGAUUACUCAAGACACACAGGAGACGCCACACUCUAAAAGACGUUUUACUGGACAUGGUUUCUGCUAAGGUUUCGCCAGCUGACGUGCCGCUGACUGAGAUGAACUGAGCGGGAGGGAGCAGCAGCGUGGUUUCUCCAGGUUUCUCUCAGCCGCAGAGCAAUGACUUCGCCCCGGGCCCCGGGCGUGGCCCUCCUCCUGGGCGUGAUCUGCAGCUUCAGCCUCUUCUCCCUCGCCCCCGCCCUCGACAUCCCGCUGGAGGUCGAGCAGCCGCCCACCAUCACCGCUCAGUCCCCCAGCUCUCUGAUCGCCUUCCCCUUCGACGAGAGCUUCUUCAUAAUGUGCGAGGCCAGAGGCAACCCGGAGCCCACAUACCGGUGGACGAAAAAUGGCCGGGAGUUUGACCCGCACAAAGACUCCAAGCUCAUAAAUGUGGGAAACGGGGCAUUCGCGAUCCCGAAUAAAGGAAACCUGACACAGUAUCAGGGAAAGUAUCGCUGCCACGCGUCCAAUAAGCUGGGAACGGCCAUAUCCGAGGAGAUUGAGUUCAUCGUGCCCCAUGUCCCAAAGUUCCCAAAAGAGAAGAUUGAGCCCCUCAAAGUGGAGGAAGGGGAAUCCUUCAUUUUAGAAUGUAAGCCUCCCAAAGGUAUCCCCCCUCUGCAGAUCUACUGGAUGACCUUAGGUCUACAGCACAUCGAGCAGGACGAUAGAGUGUCCAUGGGCCUCGAUGGCAAUCUCUACUUCGCCAACGCCUUGGUUAAGGACAGCCGCAGAGACUACUGCUGCUACGCCGCCUUCCCGCGGAUACGGACCAUCGUCCAGAAAACCGCCAUGUCCGUGAUCGUCAGCAGGAUCAAGUCUGCCAAUGACUCCGAUAGCGAGGCAAGUGCCAACGCCAUUCUGGAAAGAAAACCCAGGCUUCUGGUGCCCCCUGGUGGCAAGACAGAGGAAGGACAUGUUAAACAACUGGAGAAAGGACUGGUGAAAGGUGACAAACUGGAGCUGGAAUGCAUCGCUGAGGGAUUUCCAACUCCGACGAUAGAGUGGACUAAGGAAGGUAAAGUAGGCCACGAAAAGCCUGAGAAAGCAACCAUCGAGAACCACGGGAAACUCCUGACCAUAUUGAAGGUGGACGCUGACGACGAGGGCAUGUACACGUGCAGGGCGGAGAACUCCCACGGACACGACGUCUACAAAUUUGACGUGAAAGUCGAAGAGCCUCCCCGGUGGCUGGUGGAGCCACGCAGCCAGCUGGCGACCAUCGGCUCAGAAGUGCAGAUCAACUGCUCAGCCUCAGGUUCUCCUCCGCCCGCAAUAACAUGGCGGAUGAACGGACAGCUCCUCGAGGACACCACGGUGGCCAACAGAAACGUGCUUGGCGGCACCAUUGUUCUGCGCAACGCUCAACCUGACAACAGUGCGGUCUAUCAGUGUGAGGUGUCCAACAGGCACGGGACCCUCCUGGCCAAUGCUAAUAUCAUGGUUAUGAACCUGCCUCCUAUGAUUCUCACGGAGGACAACCAAGAGUAUGAAGCUACAGAGGGGAAGAGCGCCAUCAUGCACUGCAAGGUUUUCAGUUCACCGCCGUCCAUAAUCACCUGGGCCUCUGUGGAGGACUCAGCGAGAUUCUCUAAGCAUGAGAACGGCUCGCUGGAGAUCCACAGCGUUGAGAGAGGGGACGCGGGCCAGUACUCCUGCAUUGCCUCAAACAUCGAGGGCGAAAGCAUUAUCACCGCUUCACUCGAUAUAAAAGUUCCUACCAGAAUUGUGGACCGACCGCAAAACCUCAGAAUCCUGAGGGGAACCACUGCCCAUUUCACCUGCCUGGCUGAAUACGACAAGUCCUUCCGAGGUGACCUUGAGACGCUUUGGGAAAAGGAUGACGUGGAGUUAGUCUUCAACCACACUGAGAACGCCGGAUUCGUUUUGGACGACGGGGUUCUGCAGAUCAUCAACGUGAGCCAUAAAGACCAGGGCACGUACACGUGUCGGGUCUUAACCCCUCUGGACGAGGAUUCGGCCUCCGCUGAGCUUGUGGUGUUGGAUGUCCCAGAUGCUCCGGAGGACGUGGUGGUGUUGGAACGCAAGAACAAGAGUGCGAGGCUGAAAUGGGUCCCCGGGGACGACCACAGCAGCCCCGCAAACGAGUUUGUUAUUGAAUAUGAGGAGAGCGAGUGGGAACCAGGAAAGUGGAAAGAGCUCCUAAGAGUUCCAGGAGACCAUGUCUCGGCCCACCUGAAGUUACACGGGCAUGUGGACUACCAGUUCCGCGUCUUCGCCAUCAACGCCAUCGGGCACGGACCCCCCAGCGCACCCACAGAGCGAAUCAAGACUCCUCCUUCAGCUCCAGACAGAAACCCUGAAAACAUAAAAAUUGAAGGUCGUUUGCCCCAUGAAAUGGAUAUUAUCUGGGAGCCACUGUUGCCCAUUGAACACAACGGGCCUGGUUUGGAGUAUAAGGUGAGCUACAGGCUUCAGGGCACAGGCGAAGACUGGAAGGAGCAUAUGGUUAAAAGGCACUCCUUUGUCGUGAAGAACACCCCGACGUUCGUCCCCUACGAGAUCAAGAUCCAGGCACGGAACAACCACGGCUGGGGACCCGAGCCUACAGUGGUGAACGAGUACUCUGGGGAGGACCAGCCUGCUGCAGCCCCACAUGACGUGGCCGUGGAGCUGAUGAACAACACCUUGAUCAAGGUCAACUGGACACGGGUUCCCAAGGACAAGCUGAAUGGACACCUGGGAGGAUACAGGGUGAACUUCUGGAGGCUCAGGAGCCUCCUGGAUUCGAAGAAGGUCCACGGCGUUAAGCAGACCAUCACGCUUCCGGGGGACAGGGACCGCGGGAUGGUCCCGGGGCUGCAGCCUUUCUCUGAGUACAGUUUGCAGGUCAUGGCCUUCAACGGGCGGGGCAACGGUCCCACCAGUCACCCUGUCACCUUCAGGACUCCAGAGGGGGUUCCUGAGAAGAGCCCCUUUCUGAGAGCCACGAACUUCCAAAAGGAUUCCCUCACGCUGGUCUGGACCCCCCCGCUGGAGGCCAACGGCGUCCGCACCGGCUACGUCCUGCAGUACCAGCUGAUCAACGGCACCGAGGAGGUGGGGCAGCUGCAGACGGUGAACAUCUCCAGUCCUGACACCACCAAGUGGGUCCUACAGGACCUGGAGCCGCACAGUCGUUACCUGUUCUACCUGAGGUCCUGCACCAGGGUGGGGUGCGGACCCCCCGUCAGCGAAGAGGGAAAAACCUUCCUGGAAUCAAAUGCGUCUUCCACCACAGCUGCGGCACCCAAUGUCCACCUCAGCCAAUCCUCAGCCUCCUCUCCAAGCACUUCCACAUCUCCUGUGGCUAAUGCCACACUUUCAUCCUUAGUUCCUAUCCUGUCCAAUAUUAGUUCCUCUGUUAGUGACAACUUUGCAAAAAUCAGCUGGAUUCCCAGGAGCGAGCAAAAGGAGUCAGAGUUGUAUGUUGCGUAUAUGAACAACCGUAAAGGUAACUGGAAGAUUUCAGAGGCAGUAAACACAUCUAAGAGUUUCCACAUCAUUGAGGGGCUCGAACCAGGGACUGUGUACACAGUGCGGCUUAUGACUAAGAGCUGGGUUGAUAAUUCUAGUAUUUUUGAAGAUGUUAUCAAGACCAGGGGGACAGGCUCGGCCAGCAAGCGUGGAGGAAUACCCACGGAAGGCUGGUUCAUCGGUGUGAUGACUGCUGUGGCCUUGCUCACGCUGAUUGCUCUAAUCGCCUGCUUCGUCAACAGAAACAAAGGGGGGAAGUAUUCUGUAAAGGAGAAGGAGGACAUGCACCCAGACCUCGAGUCCCAGGGCAUGGGUGACGACACAUUCAGUGACAAUGAUGAAAAGCCGCUGAAAGGGAGCCUGCAGUCUCUCAGUGGCGACAUUAAGGCAGCGGACAGCGGGGACAGCUUAGUGGACUACGGAGACGAGGAGGACGGCCAGUUCAACGAGGACGGCUCCUUCAUCGGGGAGUACGCCGGCCACAAGCAGAGGGAAUCCAUGGAAGUCAAAGGAACGGCUCAAAGCAUAGCCUGAGGGAAGGGGAAUUUAAUCCAUCUUUAGGACAACACUGUAAUGCAAUUUGUGGGAAAGGGAAAAAGUAGAGAAAUAAACGGCUUAAUCAACGUGAAGCACAAUUUCAAAGGGAAAAAAACGAAUGUGCUGUGUUCAGCCACACUGCCAUCUUGACUCUGGGUCGUUCAAAGCCCGGCACACUGUAACAGAUUUUGUGAUCAUUUCAAAUGUACUGGCUCUCGUUUUGUAUUACAAUGGGAUCACUUCAGAUGGAGGGUCCAGAUCAUUAAUUGAAAUGCAGAAACUGUUUGUACUUAGCUCAAAUGUAAAAAGAAAACUAAACGUGCGCACACACACACACACACACACAGGCAUACACAUAUCCCCUCUUUUUUUAUCUGCUAUGCAGCAAGUUUCCACCCCCCUCCACUUCCUCAUGCUCAUUUUUCAUGUUACAGCAUGCAAGUGUAUGUGAAUAUAUGAACUCAGCAUUUUUCUGCCGCAGCAAAUGUUAUUAGUUUGUAUUUCAGAUGCAGACAUUAAAUGCAAUGUACUACGUGUAUAAAAGUUGUUUACUACUAAAUUAUUCCCCAUAAAGUGCUACAUACUCAAUGCUCUAGACAAGGGCUAAGUCAGUGGGAAAAAAUAAUAAUACAACAAAUAAACUACUAUAAUAAAUACACUGGAUCCUACCAGCAAGUAAGAGUUCUCAGUGAAGGAAAUUCAAGAUUAUUAUGUAAGGUACUAUGUGAUCCAUAUAUUUGUAGCUUUUUCCUACUUUAAUGUUAUUAUGUCACAUACGUUUUAUCUAGCUGUACAUAUUAUAGAAAACAAAGGAUAUUCAUUUUAUUUGUACAGUUAGUUGGGUCUGUUGCAAUGAAAUGAUAGCAGUGAAUCAGACUAAUAGUGAUAUUGUAUUCACUGUCUAGGCACAUAAAAACUUGGAUCAUAAACAGCACAUUGGCCUUGAUUAUUACCCAUUUCCUUUUAACUGCCACAAAAUGGCUGCCAUGCUAGAGGAUGUCAAGUUUGGAAUCCAAUACGACUGUGUUGCGGUGCCUUUAAUUCCGGUAUGUAAUAGUUAUCAUUAUCAUCGUCAUUGGCAUCCCCAUCACCAUCUAGUUUGUUAUUUUGUAUAACUGUGUUUGUUUUGUAGCAUUCUGAGAACUCUUCUGUCAAUCAUUGCCGUAGGUCCUGAGAUCAGGGUCUAGAGUGCUGAUCCACACCUUGACACACUGUAUUUGGGAUUAAUUUUGCAUACGUUCAAGCUUUAUUUUUAUUACACAUACCAACUGUAUACUGUGAGCCGUAUUCAUUGCAAUCGACCCUAUUUUUAUGUUUCUUUACCUUUUUUACUGUCAAAUGAUAAAUACCCAUACCAAGGCACUCAGGGAAGGACGAUUUUAGUUUUAGAAGCUCCCAGAUGCUUUUAUGUGGGUUAGUAAUAAUACCUUUGUAAGUUUGGUAUUGGUAUUUCAUAUCCAGACACACACUAAUGUUGCCAUAAUGACCAACAUGUAAUGAAGUGCAGUAUAUCAAUACAUGUAAUGUGAUAUUUCUGUUAAAAAAACAAAAACAUUUUUCAUGAUGCAUGUCGUUGUGAUUGUAAAAACAACCACAAAGAGUUUUGUACAGUUUUGGGAAUUAAAAACAAAAAGACAAACAAAAAGUGCAGUAUUCAGUAGUCACUGCAGAGUUAUGUGUUUAUAAAAAAAAUGCACUGUGUUGGGAUGUAAAUAAGAAAUAAUUUACUCAAUUUA